AUCUCAUAUACGAUAUACCCAGCAGUAAGGAGGAGCAAGAUAAGAGUUUAUUUCCACAAUGGCUCAAACAACCAAAAACCCAGUGGUUCUGCAGCAGAGGGUCGUAAUCCCAAACAAGCACGGAGAGAAACUGGUGGGAGUGCUGCACGAUUCUGGAUCCAAGGAAAUCGUGGUCCUCUGCCAUGGCUUCCAAUGUUCAAAGGCAUUUGGAUUCAUACUUUCGGACCUCCAGGAUCAUAGAGCCAUGGUAAAUCUUGCUACAACAUUGGAGAAGGAAGGAAUCACAGCCUUCCGUUUUGACUUUUCUGGUAAUGGUGAAAGUGAAGGCUCGUUUGCUUUUGGUAACUACAAGAAGGAAGUUGAUGACUUGCGCUCUGUAGUUGAACACUUCGCUGCUGAAAACCGAGUUGUCACUGUGAUGCUUGGGCAUAGCAGAGGAGGUGGUGUGGUGCUUCUAUAUGCAUCAAAGUUCUACAGCAUAAGAGCAGUCGUAAAUACUUCAGGCCGGUAUGACCUGAAAUCGGGCAUUAAGGAGCGUCUUGGGGAAGACUUUCUCGAAAGAAUCAAGCGAGAAGGAUUCAUCGAUGUGAAGAAUCGAGCAGGAGAGGUCAAGUUUCGGGUCACUGAAGCAGAUUUGAUGGAUCGAAUGAACAUUAAUAUGCAUAAAGCGUGCCAGCAGAUUGACAAAGAUUGCAGAGUGCUGACCAUCCAUGGAUCUGCAGACGAGGUUAUCCCGGUUGGAGAUGCGUACAAGUUUGCGAAGAUCAUACCAAACCACGAGUUGCACAUCGUGGAAGGGGCUGAUCAUGGAUACAAGUUGCAUCAAGCUGAGCUAGCAUCUGCUGUUUUGCAGUUCGUCAAGUCAAUACUCACUCAGGACAAUGGUGCCGGUACCUAGCUAAGCUACCCACCUCCAUUCGGGGAUGCUCGAAGCCUGCAUAGGCAACAGUUAUGGGCUAUUUGCUGAUAUUGGUUGGUAGGCCUUUGUUUGCUUAAUUUGGGCUCCAUUGUUGGGUUUAUCAACUUUAUCUUUGGCCUUAAAUGUUCACAACUAUAUCGUGGGCACCGGACCGUGCCGCCCACGGGCUAGCACGGCAUGAGCACAAAAUAAAUGGGCCAGUCCGGCACGAGCACGAAUAAUUUUCGUCCUUUUCAUUAAA